AUGACGAUCGAAGAACUCAAAGAACUAAUCAACAAGAACUACAACAACAACAACAACAAAAACAAAAACAAGAAACUCAGUCAAGCAACAAACAACAAACAAACAGAGCAGGAAGAACUGAUACGAAGGACUAACGAACUAAUCGAAUCGACUAUCAACACCAUCAAACCACCCACCAAGACUAUCAUCAAUCAAACUAUCUCAGAAGAAUUCAUCAUCAGCAAGAAUCAGAAACAACUGAAAUCAACCAUCAAAUCAAUCCAAUCUACCAUCUCACUAGAAAUCCUAAUCAGUCUCAAUAACCAAAUCAGAGAAAAAUAUCAACUAGAACAACAGCAACAACAACAACAUCAACCGAUUCUAGGCUCAAAUGACCUCAGAGCUAUCCAACACCUAGCUCAGACCAUCUCAAACUACUCGAUCUACACUCAACCCAGUCCCAUAGAAGCCGGUUUCCCAUCCUUCACUUUCGAAGAAAUCAUUCAAUCACUCACUCAAAUCAUCCUACCCUCUGACCUCAUCCAACUGAUCAACGACAAGAAGGAGAACGGCAAACAAACCCAAGCACUCAUCUCACUCCAUCCGAGAUUCGCACUCCAUCAGGCACUCUUCUCAAGCCUCUUAACCCCACUCACUGCUGGACUCAUCAAACUCAGAUCGAACACUGAACACUCACAAUGGGCAGACCAUCAUCUACACCAACUUCUAGACCUUGCCUCUCCCAAACUGGUCUUUGCAUCGUUACUCUCACUUGCCACCACAGUCUCAGCUCUCCAAAAGAAGGGCACCACUGAUGGGCCUCGGAAGUCACAAAACAAAUUAGACGCUCAAUCGGAGAUCUCCCAAGUUCUUUCGCUCCGAUUACUACGUCCGUCCGGUUUGAGAGGGCUCCUACAAUCGGUUAUCACCGAAGAUUACAACGAAGACGAUGAAGAAAUUGAAGAAGUUGAAACUGGGAAGGCCACCAAGAGUCCAGUCACCUCAGCAACCUUGAAACGCUUCGAGUCCUUAUACCACAUCAUCUCUCACCCACCUUCAUCAGUCUCACCUACACUCUACUGGGACACGAUCCUCAAAAACCUGAUCAAGCUUGUCACGCCCCAAUUUUUUGACCAACAACCUGCGACAGGAGGGGUCAAAGCACCUGACUCGAUCCGUAGGGCGGCCUGCUAUAUCAUCAGCCAGAUCACCAGCCGAGAAGCAACAGUCUUCAAAGCCCAUCUCUCACCCUUGCUUCAUUCGGCCUUCCGCCCCUCACAGCCAACCUCAUAUCAAUCAUCGUCAGAAGAAGAAGACGAAGAUCAAAUAGUGGUUUCCUCACCACAGAUCGACCACACCCUCCAACUCCUCAACCAACUCGUACUGAAUUCCGAGCCUUCACCGAUAUUCGUCGACCGGCUUGUGGUCCCAAUCCUUCCUCAGCUACUCUCGUUGAUCCUGUUCCUGUUACGGACGCGCGCCGAGCCGACGGUUCGACGGGCAGCCGAGGAGCUAGUUCAACUCUGGAUGAGGCUGCAUCCGGCCCAGACAGUAGCGGGUUGGCUGGGGCGAGCCAUCCGGGAGCUCGAGGCCGGCCGCGAACUCAGCCCCCGCUCGGCGGCGCAACCCCUCCCUGCUUCUUCUCGCGCCAAUCAAUGGGCCAGGGAUCCCACCGGCAUGCCCUGCAUCAAAACCCGUCCCGCUUCCCAACCCGACACUCUCGACUUCCCUAUCGAGCCCGAGACACUCAUCGUCUGGUUCCAGAGCCUCAAAACCCAUCAGUUCCUCGGUCACAUCCUGACGGCUUGGCUGGACGAGGUCGUCCUCUUGCGUGGCCGGGCCGGCUUCGUCGAAGCCAAGAUGACCUUGUUUCGCAUCCAAUCCUCCCUCAAAAUCCUCGACGCCUUCGAGAUCCCUCAGAUCGUCGCCGAGCCGCGACACUUCUUCCCCUUCAUCCUCCACGCCCUCCGUCUUCAUCCUUCGUCCAACACCCCUUUCCCCUCAAAGCCUCCAAAGCAAAAGAAGAAGAAGAAGAAGGACCAACAGGCUGCGCAAGAUGGCCCGUUGACGUUGGACUCUUUGAAGUUUUUGAAUCUUGACCGCUCUCCUGUUGCCAAUCAAGGGCUUCAUCAAGAUGUAUCAGAGGAGGAAAGCGAAGCCGACGAGGAAGAUGAUGUGGAUUUGGACCAUGGUAUCAUGGUUGCUGGCCUUUCACUCUUACUAGCCCUCCUUGAAGGACAUCCGGAUAUGGAAGAAGAAAACACGCCGGGAUUGAGAGAGAUCUCGGGCUUACUGGACGGGCUACUGUUGAAUCAAGCGGUCUCUUCGGAGGUGUAUGACUUGGGGAUCAAGAGUCGGCUACUGCUUUCGGUCCGUAAAGCGAUCUCAGAAGUUGAUCGGGGCCAGCAGCAGGAAGAAGGGAGAGUUAAGAGCUCAGAGGACCGGGCUUUUAUGGAGGAGAAGGCAGGGUUGGAGGGCCAGUAUCGGGAGGGUCUAGGGCUACUGAACGACGAAUGUUUGCCGCUCCGAUCGCAGGGGAUUGUCCAAUUGAAGACGGUCCUGCUGACGCCGACGAGUGAUAGACGAAUCCGGGCGAUGGUGGAGGGCUGGGCACCGGGCGUGAUCGAGCUGCUGCUCCGGGCGGUCGAGGAUGCAGAUAGCUUCGUGUAUCUCAGCGCCAUCAACGCUCUCAGCGCACUCGCACACCGCUUCCAUGCACUCGUCGGCCCCGCUCUUGCCGAAGCUUUUGCACGGCCUAUCCUUCAUCCUUCCCAGGAAUCUUCCCAAACCACUGCCCUCCGCGACUUUGACCGUUCUGUCAGGGUCGCUGAGGCCAUGGUCCAAGUCAUCCAGCGUGCUGGGACUGCCUUACCCCUAUACAUCGACAAACUCCUCCCAUCCCUGUUGCUGGUCUUGAACCAUACCCAUUCCAUAGCCGAUCCACUCAAGCCCUCGGCGCUGGCCACUCUCGCUCUAUGUGUUGAACACGCCCCUGCGGCGCUUGCGCCUUCACUCUCAGGAUUGGUUCAAGCCUGCGUGGGCAUUUUGAGCUCUGCUGGGAUGGCGCGGAAGCCGGAUGAGGGUUCCGGUCAGUCUUCUGAUGGAGAAACAUUUUCUGACGACGAGUCCGGCGAAGAACUAGGAGAAGAGGAAUCGGUCAACCACUCCUCCUCCACUCCGAAUCACCCAGAGUCUUCCCCCAUAACCUCCCCGAUCCAUGCGGCCCAUCACCGCGCAUCACUCCAUCGAGCGGCCCUCCUAUUCGUCCAAAGCCUACUCUCCCACACCCUUUCCCUCUGUCGCUCCGUCUCUUCUUCUUCUUCUUCCGGGGCGACUGUGGAUCGGACGGUGGUUCGGACGGUUCGGUCGGCGAUUGGCGAUCACUUCGAUGACCUCGAAAGAGUCUUGAAGUAUAUCCUUCUCGCUCGCAAUCAUCAUCGUCCCGCUCGUCUCCCCAAAUCCGGGAACUAUCUUCCUCCAAAUCAGCCGUCUGCCGAUAAAGGACUUGUCGCGGCUUCGUUGAUCCAAAACACAUUAGAUUCUCUUGCUGUUCUUAGGGCCGUUCUAACCUACUAUUAAGUUUUUUUUUGUCAAAUACAUGCAUGUUGGGCUUUUUUUCUCAAAAGAGUAGAUAUGUAAAAUGGUGGCAUAUGUGAUAAUACCUUGACUUACGGCCAAAGUAUAGGUUGGUUUUUGUGUAUAUUGCACAAAACUGUCCACACUUUUCAGAAACCACAUCAAGUCUAUCAAGAAAUCUCAACCAGUUUGUUCCCCCAAGGAAAGCCA